AUGGCAGUCACCGAGCUUGCACGACUCAGCCUGCAGUCUGGCACCAAAGCCUCGUCUCCAUCUCUACGUGCCAAUUUAGCCAGAGCAAAAGAUGUGAUGGAAAAGGCCAGUGGUUUCGAAUUCUGGUAUUACCACUGCGUGGAAGAGCCGCAUGUCAUCUUCAUUCUGGGAUCGUGGCCGUCGGUCGACUUCCACAUGCACGGAUUCAUUCCUGGUUCUCAGAAUCAAGAGUUACUGGCACAGCUCAAAGACCAGGUCACGGUGGACUGGAUGUUCCAUCUGGAUAUUGACCAGAACACACAAUCACUGCCUCUCAAUCAAGAAGUCCUCGCAAUUGAUCGACACACGGUCAAAGACGGUGACAAGGAGAGAUUCCAAGCUACUUUUGAAGACCACAGCCAGACACUGAAAUCAUUCGGGGGGGAAACGGGCCGGGUUGUGGGAGGCUGGCGCAUCGACAGAGGGUACGACCCGUCAAUCGAAGGCGAGAAUCCACAGGAGCAGUACGUCCUCUUCACGAGCUGGGACAGUAUGGGGCAACACCUGGGGUUGGCCAACACAGAAGGAUUCCAGAAGUCUUACAGUCAGAUCAGGAACCACAUGGGGGAACGGGAUAUCAAGCAUGCGAAAGUGAUGCGUGUCGAGGAGAUGGGCAAGUGA